UAACAUAAGAGAUUCUACUUCAGUUCCAUUACAUACGAAUUAUUUCAGGGCCAAACGGUUGAAAACAGCAUUUCAAAAACAUAAAUAAUAUAAAAAGUCAUACUGACUUAUGUGUAGAUCGGUAAAACGAGUUCUGAUCUCUACGAGCGAAUUCAAUUAACUUAAUUAUGAUUCAGCGGUGACGUCAUAAAUGUAUGACAUAAAGUAUGACGUCAUAAUGAUGUGACGUCAUAUAAAGGUUAAGCUCGUGACUCGUAACACAGGGUCAACUCGCCCAUUUUGAUGAUUCUGUUCAUAAACAGUUUGCGAGCUGUUAGAUUACUUAUUUAUAAAUACUUCUCAAAAUUCUGAUAAAAAAGAAACAAAUAAAUAUAAAUUACAUUCUUUCUUAACUUGAUUUACUUACUUUAUUUUCGAUGUGACAACUCUUUUUUCUAGAAUGGCAUCGUGUUUUUGUGUGCAUGAAUAAGUAAAUGUCAAGACUUAGACGUAGCCGUUGAUUCUAGACCAUAAAAUGACGCCAACUGGCAGGAUGGACCUUUCUUACGUGACCAUUCACGUAACAUAUUACUGGCAGUCUUGCAUGUUUUUCAUUACAUUUUAUAAAAUCGAAAAGACUAGAGAGAUGAGAUGCGGCUUAAAUGAAUACAGUAAUAGUCAUAGGUGUUGUUUAUUAUUUUAUUUAUUUAUUUUUUUUUAGUUGUUUUUGUUUGUUUUGUUUUUGUUUUUUUUUCUGGUUGCUGUUGUUUUAACUACACUGAGGCAAAAUAUUUUAGUGAAGAAAUGUCGCGUUCCAAAUUUAUCAACAUAUUGAUCAAACGAUUUGAUUGUAACAGAAAUAUUUCGGUCGUUAUUUAAAGUACGAAUAAUUUUGCGGGACGUGUUUAAAGAAACGAAGCAUAACUUACUAUAGAUAAUGUUCGAGUUGUGUUUUUAUUUACGGUAUCAUACCAAAUAUAUGUAGUAGUAUUACCACAAUUUAUUUUAGAAAGUAUGCCAAAAACUCUUAACUUUAUUUCAAAAUGCACAUAUGUCUACGUUGAACUAAAAUGAAAUUCAUUAUCAAAGGCAAUAGAGCUAAGUAAUUUUUAAACGCAAAUAUCUAUUAAGUAAUGCAAUUGUUAAAUUAAAAUGUUACUCUAAAUGAACCAACACUUAAAAAUAAAAAUUGGUGUUUUUUUUUUACAAAUGUAGAACUUUUUUUAAAUUUCACUUGGGAUUUAAAGAAGAAAAGCGGAUACAGGUACCAGUGUGGUCCAGUGGUAACGCUGUCCGACUAUAAAACCAGGAAUCGUGAGUUUGAGCCCCGGCUUCUCCAACUAAAAUUAAUAUCAUUGGUAUAAAAGUUCCGUGUAUAGCUUCUUUUCACCUGGAACGCUAAAAAAACAGAUAACCUUCUGGGAUUGGAGCGGCUUCUGUAUUUUGCUCUAUCCCGAUACUUAACGUUACUAACAGUCUUCUGGAGGGGUCGCCCAUGUAGGUUAUCGGUGGCGACUAGACAUAAGCUUACAAAGAAACACAGAGGUUGGUAAAGUAUUUUGUCACAUCCUCUAGGCAAGCACUUUAUUUUACAAGGAACCACCUAUGGGACCCAGGUUGAUAGUCUUGUGCUCAUCCUAUUUAACAGACCAAGAGCUGUGCACAUAAGUUGCUCCUACACUGACGAUAUUACUAUAAAACUGCACCUAAAAUGUGAAAAAACUAUGACUAAUUUAAUACUAGCAUCUAUAAGUCUUGUGUUUGAUCCCUGGACAGAAGCAUUUCGGACAAGUCUAGCCAUGUAUAGGUUAUUUGAUCUAGACCUUUCUGUUUUGUGUGUUAUUCGUAUACUUUGAAGAUGUGACUUUAGGCGGUCUGUUUUGUCAUUUUAUAAUGUAGAAGAACAUGUAAAACGGCAUAAAUACAUACAAGUUUUAAAUUCCAGUUAGUGACUGCGCCUGGCCAGCUAAUUUGCAGAACAGUAUUUGGCAUGACAGCGACAAAGGACAGCUACGUUUUGAAACGAAGACAAUGUCAGGGCUUGAUUACCUCUUUCAUAGUACUUUCACUUUUGAGAACUGGGAAUGUUUUUUCUAUUACCAGAAUUCCGGCAUUUUGAUCAUGAAAUCACAGGAACCAGUGACUAUUUUCAGUACUAUUUACAGACCAUUUCAGUGUUUGAAACUUACAGCAAUCACGGAUUACUCAUAUUAUUACUAUAUUCAAGCAUAUACAGAGAUACGGUUUGCCAAUGAGAGAAUAGUUUUACUAGCAGAUGCAAACGUAACAGCUAUAAAUGAAUCCAAUGCCGAGUCUACGUUAUGUAGAGAUCUAGCCUCGGAUAACGAGUAUCAUUUCCUUUUGAAAGAUAAUCAAGAGGAAAACGCAGCUCAAGCAUGUCCCGGAAGUUUUCGAAAUGAAUUUUGGUACGUGAUAAAUGAUGGAGGAGCAACUUCCUGUGGCAGCCAGAACGAACGCUGGGAUGUUUGUACAGACACUACUACUAUGGCAUUUGAUUAUUCAAUGUGCUCUACACAAAUAGCGUAUUCAAGCAGUGGCAUUGUGCGGUGUAUGGCUACAUUAACUACUGGGAAUUUCACUCUAACUACCGUGAUGAAUACAGAUUCUUCGCCCACAUACAUGUUCACCUGUUUCAUGUCUCAAGUGUCAUCAUCAGGAAUACUUCUAGUGUCACAGUCGCCAAAGAGCUGUACAUCCAGUCAGACACCUACAACCCAACCUGUGCAUCCGGAUGGUACCAAAGGCUUGUUGCUGGAAUUGAGACCACAUGCAACUUCCGCAUGCGGUAAGUAAUUACUUUGACAUAUUAUUCUUUUUUCAAAUCUAUUUGCUGCGCAAUUUAGAAUCUAUUAUUUCCAAUCAUUUCAAAUAUUUGACCGCUGUCCGAAAGAAAUACGGAGCAUUCUCCUGUUGAGAAGGAACAACUAUCAAAUAAUAUUGGCACAAUACCUUUUGAAAAUGCUACAUGAAGUUGCACACCGACCAUAAGUUAUAUCCUGCACUUCGUCUGGCAAGCAUGAAUGAACUCCUGUAUACUAUUACUUUACGCUUGAAUGUGAGUGAUGUACCUUUGCAUUGCAUUUUUAGAAUAUUUUUAAGUCUUUAUAAAAUUAAGGCGUCAUUUCAUAUUUAAUCUGUUUUACUUCCUACUCUUAAAGGGGCUUGUUUCCUGGUUUAUAUCACAUUUUACAGAUUUAUGACAUCUAUCCUCAACUGCAAGUGAAAAAAAAAUAAUUAAGAUAAUCCUAUGCAGUAUUUGUACAACGCAUAUUGUAUAAUCCGUAUGAAUUUUGAUUAUACGUAGCAGUUUGCUUUCUGUUUUAUGCUAUUGUAUCGCGCAUUUUGUGGCAUUCUGAAUUAAAACAGCCAAUAUUUGAUUAACUUAAAGGUAGUUCUGCACAAUUGAAAAACAAGACUAGGAACAGGAAGGCGUAAAAUGCAAUCAUCAAUAAAAUGUAACCUUUGUUAAAAUUGAAAAUUCGGAUAGCGUUUCUAUCUUUUCAUCAUAUUGAAUGUUGACACGUAAAAUGCAUCCAUAAUUACUCAAAAAACGACUUGCAGUUUGCAAUAUGUCAAAAAUUGGCACACGAAGCUAUAUAUUUCAUUUAUCCGAAUGAUUAUUUGUUGGGUUUUACCUCACACAGACACAAUAAUAAGUUCUAUGGUGUCAUUCUGGUUUUGAUUAUUGAGAAAGACCCCAGGUGCUUUUCCAGAUACUAUUUGAAGCGUGGGCGGGCACAUGGGUAGAACCGCUAACCUAUAUUUUGUGAUUAUUUUUAUACAAAAGUGACCCCUGAUCUUCAGUACAAGGUUUGACUUUGACUUCGACUUCUUUUUCUGUUCCAUGAUGUCGUCUGACAUAUAUACAGUUAAAUGAACAAAUCUGUUCAU